AUGCAGCUCCUUCAAGUUACCUCCAUCCUGGCCAUUAUGGCGUCUUCUGCUUCAGCCUACGUUAAUGUCGGAGGUCGAUGCAGCGGCUCCGGCUAUGAUUGCAUCACCGGCCAGACCGGAAUUGCCGUCUGCAACGGAGCUACCUGGCAACUUGCUGCCAAAUGUGGAAGCUGCGGUGGCGCUUGUGUCUGGCCUGCCGGCGUGGCCGCACCUUUCUGCAGAUGUUAA